AUGUCGUUCCGCGACCUCCGCAAUUUUACUGAGAUGAUGAGGGCACUGGGGUAUCCUCGACUCAUAUCCAUGGAGAAUUUCCACACCCCAAACUUCAUGCUUGUGUCAGAAGUGCUCCUGUGGCUGGUGAAAAGGUAUGAACCUCAGGCUGAUAUUCCUGCUGAUGUGGAGACAGAGCAAGACCGGGUUUUCUUCAUUAAGGCCGUGGCUCAGUUCAUGGCUACCAAAGCUCACAUCAAGCUGAACACUAAGAAGCUGUACCAGGCCGAUGGUUACGCGGUGAAGGAGCUGCUGAAGGUCACCUCAGUGCUCUACGGGGCCAUGCACACCCAGGGGGUGCAGCGGGCAGACCUCAGGGAGGAGGACUCUGCCAAGUUCAAGUUGGAUCUGGGCUCAAAGGUUGCUGACCUGAAGGCAGCUAGACAGCUUGCUUCUGAAAUCACCUCCAAAGGAGCAGUUCUGUAUGACUUACUUGGCAAAGAAAUGGAACUAAGGGAAGCAAGAACAGAAUCUAUUGCCAGACCUUUGGAGAUAAAUGAGGCUGAGAAGGUGAUGAAAAUUGCCAUUGACAGUGUUCUGGAACAAGUCCAAAAGACUAAAGACAUGUUGAAUAAUGUGGCUUUGGAUGAAAGCAAUUUGGAAGCCAAGAUUGAAAAACGAAAAUUGGAACUGGAAAGAAGCCAGAAGAGGCUACAGACUCUACAAAGUGUUCGUCCUGCUUUUAUGGAUGAGUAUGAGAAGAUUGAGGAGCAGCUGCAGAAACAAUACAGUAGUUACCUCGAAAAAUUCCGUAAUCUGACCUACAUGGAGCAACUCCUGGAUGAUCAUCGACGGGCAGAGCAAGAGAUGUUUGAGGAAGCAGCAAACAUGUUACGGCUUAUGCAGAACAGGCUGAAGGAGGAGGAGCAACACCUGCUAAAGAGUGGAGGUAAUGAUGAUUCUGACAUCGACAUUCCAGAGGAUGAAGGAUCUGACAGUGAACUGGAAGGGCAGAUCAUGAAGCAGCACACCAGCACAGAAGCUCUGCUGCAAGGAAGAGCUGGCACACGGGUCGUGGGAACAAUGCAAGGUGGAGAAACGGAGGAAGAUGAGGACUCGGGGGAUAGUGAGAUUGACCUGGAUGAAGAUGAUGAUGAGGAGGAGGAUGAUCUGGAAGAUGACAGCAUGGAAAUCUCCCCAAGCAAAUCCAGCCACCGAGCAAGGAAGCCAGAGCCACUGGAGCAAAGUGAUAAUGACUUCUGACUCUUCAGGAGCAGGAGGCAUCUUGAAACACAAACUUUGGAGAGAAUGCAGGCCAGGAGCAAAUAUCCUGCCAUCUGAAAAGUGCAUGUCAGCAUGAAUUUAGGAGUUGGUGAAUAAUGGUCAUUAAACUUAAAAAUUAAACUUGGAUUGCCAGGCUUGUGACUCUCGAAGCAUGAGCAGUUUAUCCACAAGGGGAAUCACAGUAAUGUGAUGUUAUUUCCAUAAUUACACUAAAACUGGCUCUCGUGCACUGCAGUGCCAGAAGUCUCACUCCAGUGAGCACUGUGUACCUGAUUUCCCUGCAUUUUAUUAUGUCCAAACAGAUUUUUUUUUGGCUUAAUAAAACUGAAUUAAAAGCU